AUGUCAACGGUAUUUGUAAGUGGGUCUACAUGUCCAUAUACAUACGAUGUUAUAGAAGAUCUUGUUGGGAAGAAUGUUACCGACGAAGAUGCAAAGGCCUGGCCAUGUGAGCUUAGAACGGUUUGGGUUGAAAUCCGUCCACUCGUUAAUAUCGUACGGUUUUUGUUGUCAUAUGGUACUUCUUUAAUUGUGAUAGUGGGAGUCUGUCUGAAUAUUUUGUCAUUCAUUGUUCUUACUCGGAAAAGUAUGAGAAAAACCACAUCGAAUCUAUAUCUUGCGUUCCUGGCUAUUUACGAUACGCUGUCUCUGACAUUCAACUUUAUGAUCGGCGUUAUCCGUGGAAACAGCGAGUCUGCAAAUAAGUCCUUUCAAGAAAGUGAAGCAUUAUGCACCUUCCACGGAGUUGUUGUUGAAUUGUUCAAUCUCCUGUCCGUCUGGAUUAUUGUAGCGUUCACAAUUGAACGUUUCCUCAUGGUGAAGUUUCCUCUGAAAGCCCGAACAUGGUCCCCAAGGAAAACUAUUGUUACCUUGUUCAUAGUCUCAGCUGUUAUGACCCUCAUUUCAUUUCAUAAAAUCGCAGUUUCUGGUUUUGAAGGUGACUCUGUAUUUGGCUAUAAGGCGUGCAAAACAAGGAGGAAAAUCUUCAAAGAAAUAAUCUACGUCUAUGUUGCGCUUAAUACAUGGCUACCAACAUUCCUUCUUGUUUCAUUGAACAUGAACAUCUUGUUGGAGCUCAAGAGAAACCGCGCGAAACGCGAGCAGAUGUCAAUGACAACAAUGUCAAAGUCUGAUGAAAGAGCAACCCGACUGUUGCUGGCUGUAUCCAGCACAUAUGUUCUGCUCGUUUUGCCGCUUGGGAUUGUCCAAAGCACCGAGUUGGUAUGGAACGGUUCUAUGACAGUUCCACCUGGCGAUCCAGACUAUAUAUACUUCAUGAGUACGAAAAUUAGACUUAAGUGGACAAGAGCUUUCUUCUUUGCGUUCUACCAAUUGAACUUCGCAAUCAAUUUCUUUCUGUAUGUAGCUUCAUCUUCAGCAGUUCGUUUCAGAGCAAGCUUGCGAAAGCUUCUAGGUAUGAAGCCUGCACAAGAAGAUAUGACGAUUACUCGCACUGUCAUGAAGAGCAAUUCAGUAGCGCCAUCUGGCGUUGAUGAUCUUCAAAGUGAAUAUAGAGAUAUCGACCUUCCGGGAACAUCAAAUAACGCCGACAAUCUCGAGUCGCAAGCUUAAACAUUGAUCACAAUUUCACUUAAAUAUAGCAUUCGAAUAUCAUUUUCCU